AUGAGCCCCGGAGUAAAGGAAGGGCCCUUGCCGAGCGCGUGCGCUGAAGCGUGGGCGGUGGUGCGCAGGUGGCUGCGCGGCCGCGGCGGGCGCAGCGUGCCCGUGCAGCUGGGCGGGCGCGUGGCGCAGGUGGGCGGCAGCCUCUUCCUCGAGAGCGCCCAGGUGGAGGACAGCGGCCGCUACACGUGCGUCGUCAACAACAGUGUCGGCUCCGAGCGCGUGCACACCACGCUCGUCGUCUCUGGCUCCGCCGCCGCCCCCGCCGCCGCCCCGCGCGCCCCGCCGCGCCCCGCCGCCGCCCCCGCCGCCGCCCCCGCCGCCGCCCUCGCCGCCAGCCGAAUCCGCGGCUCUGCUCGGAGCACGGACCGCCGCACUCCCAUCGUCGCCGACAGCGCUGAGAGCGCGAGCCCACUUCGCUCAGCCCCCAGCCCUCGCGUCCUCAGUCCUCAGGCCUCACCCGACGCUAUAGGCGACGGACUGGGUUUACUACUCCCGGAGCGCAGUGUAGUGGGAGAUGGUGUAAAACGAUAUAUUUGUGUGUGGAGGCUGAAGCGCGGGAAGAUGAAGUGCAGCGAGGAGUUGUCGGGCGAUAGAGAUAAUAAUGAGAAAAGGGAGACGAAAAAGACACAAGCUCCUCUGUCCGCCUACAUCAGCCCGCAGAGCCAGGUGGUGGACGUGGGCAAGGCGGCGGGGCUCAACUGCACGACGGAGGGUCACCCGCAGCUGGCGGUGUCGUGGCUGAAGGACGGGCGGCCGCUGAUGGCGGGCGGGCGCGUGCAGCUGCCGCAGCCGCAGCUGCUGCGCCUGGCGGCCGUGGAGCGCGCGGACCGCGGCAUGUACCAGUGCGUCGUCUCCAACAGCGAGGAGACGGCCCAGGGCACCGCGCAGCUCCGCCUCGGAGACGCAGCCCCCAUCUUCGUGAGCACCUUCUCCAACCAGACGGUGGAGCCGGGCCCGGCGUGGUUCGCCAGCUGCGAGGCGUCGGGGUCGCCGCCGCCCACCAUCUCGUGGCUGCUGGACGGCGCGCCGCUGGCCCCCGACGCGCGGCGCAGGGUGAGCGGGCGCGCCGCCGCCGACUCGGUGCUGGGCUACGUGAACGUGUCGUCGGUGGCGGCGGAGGACGGCGGCGUGUACGAGUGCGUGGCGAGCAACGCGGUGGGCGCGGCGACGCACGCGGCCGAGCUGCGCGUGCGCGGCCCGCCCUUCCUGUUACCCUCUCUCACUCCCGUCGUCUGGUUGCACUGUUGCCUGCACUCUGAUCCUUUGCUCUUCUGUCGCGUCUUAGCUGUUAUAAGCACAAGUAAUUACCGUCGGAAAUUGCCGAGAGGUCGGACGUUGCCAGAUAAUCAUCGCCAACUCGUCUUCCAGAAUGGGACGCUCGUCAUCAAAGACGUUCAGAAGAAAGCCGACGAAGGGGGCUACGUGUGCGUGGCGACCAACCCCGCGGGCCUCGCGGCGCGCGGCAAACUCAACGUCAAAGUAAUG